AUGAGAUCAAAAUUCGUGAUUGGGACUGUGCUUGGUUUAGUUGUACUAUUUGGCUGGUUGCUAGGACGGAUAUAUGCAGUGCUCCUAGCUGUCUAUGAAGAGACGACUAUAUUUAAAGACUUGGAGUACUCAUGGGUAUUCAGAUUACUACUAAACUUAGUAGGCUACUCCACCGUGAUACUGCCAUGCUUUGCUCUUUACAAAUAUCUUGAAAAGACACACUACUUUGAAAAAAUAACUAACAACAACUGGGUGAGUCGUCUGCUGCGAGCUUUGUUUUUUGAACAAGAAAGGCUGCCGGAGGUGGUGCGUGUGGAUGAGAGCCUCCCUCAUGAAGGAGCUGAGUUGGCGUUGUGUGUGGUGGGGCUCAUGGGGGCUUACCUCGUGUGGGGACUACUACAGGAGAAGAUAAUGACCACGGACUACGUGUUAGCGGACGGGUCCGUGUCCCGCUUCACAGACUCCCAGUUCCUGGUGUUCGUGAACCGCGUGUUAGGGUCGCUGGUGGCGCUGGUCCGUCUCCGCGCCACUCGCCGCCCUCUGUUCCCGGCUCCUCUCUACAAGUUCUCGUACUGCGCCCUCACCAACAUCGUCAGCGCCUGGUGUCAGUACGAGGCCCUCAAGUUCGUCAGCUUCCCCACUCAAGUGCUGUCCAAGUCGUGUAAGGUGAUCCCGGUGAUGUUGAUGGGCAAGCUGAUCUCCCGCUCCAAGUACGAGUCCUACGAGUACGUCACGGCCGUCCUCAUCUCGCUCGGCAUGGUGCUGUUCCUGUUCGGGACCGGCGAGGAGCAAGCGUGGGGAGCGCCGAGCGUGUCGGGCGCGUGCCUGCUGGUGCUGUACCUGUGCUGCGACAGCUUCACGUCGUCGUGGCAGGGCGCCCUGUUCCGGCGCCACGGGCUCCAGCCGCUCCAGAUGCUGCUGUGUGUGAGCGUGUGUUCGUGCUCGCUGACGGCGGCCGCCCUCCUCCGCCGCCCGCUGCCCGCGCUCCUCUCCCAGCCGUCGUUCGUGGCGGACGCGUGCCUGCUGGCGCUCAGCUCGGCCGUGGGUCAGCUGAUCAUCUACCGCACGAUCGCCCGGUUCGGUCCGGUGGUGUUCGCUAUCUGUAUGACGGUCCGUCAGGCGGGCUCGGUGUUGUUGUCGUGUCUAGUGUUCGGUCACCGCGUGUCUCCUGGGGGCGCGGCGGGGGUGCUGCUCGUGUUCUCGGCGGUGUUCCUCCGUCUGUACUGUCGCCGGCGCCGCGCCCCGCCCCCCGCCAUAGACAAGUAG